AUGGAUAAUUUGCCUCUUUUUGAUCUUCAAUCAUCUGAACGUGCUUCAAUUGAACUAUCACCAAACGAAAACUGCGUUUUAUUUCUAUUCAGCUCAAAAGACCUCAUUUUUGCUAAAGAUUUCAGCAAAGAGCCAAAGUCCUCCAAUUGAAAAAUAAUCGGAGUUUACAUUGGAACUGAGAUACUUAAAAUAAAGCAAUGAACAAAAAAAGAAAUGAUUAGGACUCAAAUAUAUCUCGGAGGAGAAGAUAUUACAGAAUGGCAACCAAAAAGCGUUGAAGAAACCCCUUGAGUUAUAGUUAUCAAGGAGACAGACAUUAUUUUAAGCAUAAAAGCAGCUGGAAUUGGAAAGCCACUUCUCGAAAACGUUAAAAGAAUGGUAGGUUCUCAGAGUCCUGACAAUAAAAUAAGCUUGAUAUCCAAUAAUACCCCAAGUAUCGAUUCGUUAUCAUUAAGGCUUGAAGAACUUGAAAAACAAUGUAAAAGUGAUCAAGAAGAAAUAGCAUUUUUGAAACAAGAAGUGGAAGCCAAAGAUAAAAUAAUCCAAGAAGUCUUAGAAAAACUGUAACAGUAAUAUAGAAAUGAAGUUCAAAACAAAGUAAAAAUAAGAAGGCCUCCAAUAAAUCCUCCAAACUCUGUUCUCAGUAAUGUCUAUGAAAAUCCUUACGAUGCAGAAGAUCAAGAAUAUUGAAAAUCUGCUGAGGCCGAGAACAAGCAAAAAGAUAGUUCAUGGAUGUCAUCGAAAUCCUAUUACAGCAGAGAAAAAACUCCAAGCUCAAUAACUUCACUAGGCCAUUUUAAGCAUGCAUCUAGCUUGCCUCCAAAUUCAGUUUCUAUGCCUUCGGAAAGGUACAAAUUGCCAAGUAUCAAUGUAUCUCCUAGAAAGUUUUAA